CUCUCUCUCUCUCUCUCUCUCGUUGGGAUUAGUCAUGCAGCGCGAGACACCACAGUCUGACGUGAGUUCAUUAAGGGGCUCGUGCGUAGCCUAUUGCACAUAUAGGCGGAUACGGGAGCUUAUAAACGGCUCCCAGUCUGCGCCGGUGCUGAGAUUACACUGGGACCCGCGCGCGGAGCAGCUGCAGAGGAACCUGCAUGAACACACCUGAUACAGGGUCCUGGCUGGAAAAUGGAAAUCAAACCACUAAUAAGACGCUUUGGCUCCAUAGUCCGAGCCUUCUUCACAUUCCUCUUCGCCCUGCUGGUCCUGGGCGUGGUCAUGUGGGCUUACAUCCGAGGCAUCCCCAUCAUGUCGUCCCCGUAUGGCAUCAUGUCCUUCGGCUUCUACGGUCUCCUACUCAGCCUCCACCUGCUGAUCCAGAGCAUCUUCGCCUUCGUGGAGCACCGAAGGAUGCGCGCCCGCCGCAAGCCCUGCUCCUACACCAAGACCAUCGGCUUCACCAUCUCCGCCUUCCAGGAGGACCCCGAGUACCUGCGGGUGUGUCUGCAGUCGGUGAAGGCUCUCCAGUAUCCAUCUGAGCUCAUGCGAAUAGUCAUGGUGGUGGACGGGAACUCAGAAGACGACCGCUACAUGAUGGAGAUGUUCCGGGAGAUCUUCGCCGAUCAGGAUCCUGGCUGCUUCGUGUGGCAGAACAAUUACCAUACGUGGGAUCCCAAAGCUCAGCAGGCUUGGGGGGAUGCUGGACUAGGAUUUGAGGAGGACCCCCAGCGUAGGGAGGUGGAGGAGCUGAUCAGCUCCAAAAGGUGUGUUUGCAUCAUGCAACAGUGGGGAGGCAAGAGAGAAGUGAUGUACACGGCCUUCAAAGCACUUGGACCAACCGUGGACUACAUACAGGUGUGUGACUCAGACACUAAGCUGGACCCUCUGGCUACAGUGGAGCUGGUUAAGGUGCUGGAGAGUAACCCCAAGUAUGGUGCAGUAGGAGGCGAUGUGAUGAUCCUGAACCUGAAAGACUCCUACAUCAGCUUCAUGAGCAGCCUGCGCUACUGGAUGGCCUUCAACAUCGAGAGGUCCUGCCAGUCUUUCUUCGACUGCGUCUCUUGUAUCAGUGGCCCAUUAGGUCUGUACAGGAAUGACCUCUUACAGCAGUUCCUGGAGUCGUGGUACAACCAGACAUUUCUUGGAACGCACUGCACUUUUGGAGACGAUCGUCAUCUCACCAAUCGCAUGCUGAGCAUGGGCUAUGCCACCAAGUACACAGCACGCUCCAAGUGCUACACAGAGACCCCAGCCCAGUUCCUGCGGUGGUUGAACCAGCAGACCCGAUGGACCAAGUCUUACUUCCGUGAGUGGCUUUAUAACGCCCUGUGGUGGCACAAGCACCACCUAUGGAUGACCUACGAGUCCAUCGUGUCCGGCGUCUUCCCCUUCUUCGUCACGGCCACCAUCAUCCGCCUCUUCUGGACAGGGACGCUGUGGGACAUCCUGUGGGUGCUGUGCUGCAUCCAGCUGAUCGGGCUGAUUAAGGCGGCGUACGCCUGCAUCCUGCGGCAGAAAGCCAUGAUGGUCUUCAUGUCGCUUUACUCCGCCCUCUACAUGACCAGCCUCCUUCCCGCCAAGUACUUCGCCAUCCUCACCAUGAACAAGAGCAGCUGGGGGACGUCGGGCCGGCGCAAGAUCGUGGGCAACUACAUGCCCCUGCUGCCCCUGUCUAUUUGGGGGGCGGUGCUGCUGAGUGGGCUGUGCUACACAAUCUACAGGGAGAGCCAGAUGGACUGGAGAACUGAUGGAAAACAGGAAGAAAUCAAGUUUUUGAUCAGCGGCGCGGCGGCUUACGUCAGCUACUGGCUCAUCAUGUGCUUCCUCUACUGGGUGUGGUUUCGCCGGCUGUGCCGAAAACGGUUGCAAAGUUACAAUGUGAGCGUGUAGUAGAGCUUUAACUGUGAGUGUGUUCGUUCGUCUCUGUUUAUGUGAAGCGUCUCUUUUAUUUAUUACCUUUUGUACAGAUUUUUUGUAUAGUUUAAGUUUAUUUUAGUGUUUCUGUUGCUGGAUUGUUUUUUAAAUGUAUUUGUAACAUUAAAAAUAUCAAUAGACAUCGAGAUUGCAGAGAUUUUGCACACGUUUGAUGAAGUGUUAAAAAAAAAUUGACUAUUUAAAGAGAAUUAGAAGUUUAUUAAAUAGCUUGGAAGAAGCUUGAAAUGGUGGACAUUUUUUAACUGUAUACACUGAGGCCAUUUUCUCCCCACU